AGUGCUGCGACCUAGCGGGCGACGUAUCAAGUACGGCAUAUGCUUGAAAUCGCGUCUAUUUCAGUUAGUUUGUGAACGUUUUGCAUCGAUCGCACAUGUUGUUUGGUUAUAAUUUUGGUACCUGAUUCUAGAAGAUGCCACGAAAUUACAUACGGAAGACAGAAAAGAAUUCCUGGGAUCCAGAAAAUUUGAAGAAAGUGUUAGAGGAAAUUAGAUAUGGCAAGAAAAUAAGAGAAGCUGACCGGGCAUUUAAUAUACCAGAGUCAACAUUACGAAAGCAAAUGACAAAAGAAAAUCCUGAAUCAUCCCGCCUUGGUCGUAAGCCAGUAUUUUCCCCCGAGAUUGACGCCCAACUAGGAGUACGUGCUUACACUUGCCAACCUGUUUUAUGGUUUGACGCCCACACAACUUCGUCAGCAUUUAGAUAUGCAAAAGAAUAUGAUAUAACUGCUUAUAUGGAUUGCUGAAACGAAAUCCUGAAAUAAAACUUAUGCAGCCGGGGGGCACUAGCAUAAAUGAAAUUGGUUCCUUCAACUCCG